CCACGAAUGAGAAGUGCUAAAUAUAGUUUUGGAGAGAGUGCGUUUGAGAGUUGCGUGUUUUUUUUUUAAAGCACGCCAUUGUGUGUGUCCUUCACGGUCCAGUUUCUACGCGUGACCACGUCUUACUGUGGAUAGAACACUUCACGACUGCUGGUAGAUUUAAGAAAUGGUGCUCUGUGUUCAGAACCGUCAGCAGGUGAUCAUUUUCUAGCGCCGUAUCCUUCAGGAAGUUUUAGGGGACCACUUUGUCUUUCAUACAUUAAAAAAUUUACUAAGCUUUUCAUGUUACGGUAAGUUUGAUGUUAAAUUUAGUAAGAAUACAUCCUGACCUAUAAUAAUUAUUUUUUUUUACAAGUGUUGUGAUGUUUUGCAACUUAUCAUUUUUAGAAGCCCCGAUGGGGCUCCUUCCACGGGAGGAUUAAACUCAAUGUAAAUACAAAGACUGUUGGAGGUACUUUGUGGUGCUAUGUUGGAGGUACUUUGUGGUGCUAUGUUGGAGGUACUUUGUGGUGCUAUGUUGGAGGUACUUUGUGGUGCUAUGUUGGAGGUACUUUGUGGUGCUAUGUUGGAGGUACUUUGUGGUGCUAUGUUGGAGGUACUUUGUGGUGCUAUGUUGGAGGUACUUUGUGGUGCUAUGUUGGAGGUACUUUGUGGUGCUAUACAGUUUGUCAAAUAAGUGAAGAGAAUUUCUUCUACUCCAUAAACUACUUGUAUCAAAUUCAUGAACAUUUCACACAAAAAUAUUCUGUCAUCUCGUCUGGAACAGAUAGCUCUUCCUUAAAAGCCAUGGCUCUAAGUGACGUCAUCGGACCAGUGGUGGCGAUAGCAGAUAUCCUGAAGCACAGGCAACAUGACUGCGGAUUGGACAUUUAUCUAAUGUUUCAUUUGUCGGACAACUCGUGGGGGGAGAUGACGUCACCGGUCUACACUUUUAGAAACCUGCAAGGAUGCAAACUGCAAGGAUGUGUUCGGAAGCUUGAGAUGGAAUUGUUAGAAUUAGGUCUUAUCAUCAGUGUUAAUAAGUUCUCUGAGAUAGAAUUCACCCAGCCUUUGACUUUCACUUGGAAGGUAUCUGCAUUCAAUCAAACAACAGAUGCCACGAGAGAGUUGUCUGAAACGUUGGAAUUUUCACCAAGACUUGAGACUGGCAGUCAGUUCAUCAACGUUCCUGUAGAUAAAGUGAAAGAUUUAAUCAAUGAAAACUCACUAUUAUUCCAGUGGCAUAUUGAAUUACGAGAGAGACUACAAACUUCAGCAGUUUGUGAAGCUUUUAAGUUUGAGCCAGCGCCCCAUGUCGUAUGUGAUUAUCAUGCUAAGGAAAAUAUUAUGGAGCAUCAUGUCAAGAGAAUUAUGACCACCGCUGAAAAAAAUUCAAUUUUUUUACGUAGCAAACAAAGUGAUGGGGCGUUGCUAGACUUACGAGACAAAGUGUUGAUGUAUAAACAAAAAAUGUCUAGAAAUCAGGAAGUCUUUCAUACACUUGGCAACACCAUCAACGUCAUGAGCGACAGACUGUCAAAGCUCCAUGAUCGAUACAACGAGCAACAACAAAACCUAACAGAACUAGGGGAAUUAUGGGAGACUGGGAAGCUUGUAAGUCAUUUUGAUUUUAUAUAUUUUCAACAAAAAAUGAUAGAAUAUACAUAUCUAUUUACAAUUUGAUUGCAUGUAUAUGCUUCAAUUUCUUUUAAGUCACUCAACCUAUGUAGUCGUCUUGUCGUAAUUUCAUUUGUCCUGUCUGCUGAGGAAGGCUCUUAGCCGAAACGUGCUUAUCUUAAUGUCCUGUCGCUUCAGGCUUCCACAUACCUUGUCCCACUAUUUCUUUCACAUAGCUUGAAUGCAGUGCUUCAUUUAUUUAUUAUUCAUUAUGCAAUGCCCCCUGAACUGUUGCCAGGGUUUUAAAGACAACAUUUGAGACCCACCACAAUAGAAACGUUUGAAUUUUAAAUAAUAAAUUAGCGAGCAAAAUUGUUCUAUUCUAAAAAUCUGUAUCUUUUUUUAUGAAUAUUUAUUUCUGUGCUGAUAAUUAAUGUGUAUGAUGUCAUAAAAUAGUUUUCGUUUAUUUGGAUCAAUUAGAGAAUCUUAUAAAAUCUUAUCUUUUAAAGCCCCGUCGGUCAGCGACGAAACAAGACGGUCAUUCAAAAACUGAAUGCUUACAAGAGGCAACUUUCACGGAGAGAGAUACAAAUCCUAAAUGGUCUUCGUCACAGCAAGAAGACUUUCACGACGUUCAAGCUGCCGCUUAUGGCUCACACUUUACUAAGUACGCCAGAUCUGUAAUGAAAUAUGAAAAACCAGUCAUAGAAAAGAUUCAUGAAAUGAGGGCGCUCGAAGUCCACUUGAGCCGGGAAAAUAAAGAGUUGUCCAUCUUUCCUGAACUUGUAUCCACUACACUUUCACAAAAUGUGCAUGCAAGGUAUUAUGAUGAAACUGGGCUGUCGAUCACUUUAGUCAAAUGUAAGUAA